GACUGUUGGGAUGUCUUGCCGCGGGAGUUUAAGCGGCUUUUGCUAGUCGAUGCUCUGCUGGUGUGGCCAAGCCCAGCCACAAGGAAGCCACACUGCACCGACCAGAAUGAGCUCCAGUGGCGAGAGUCAGAUGCCACGAUCCGGGAUGUCGCAGACAUCGAUGUGGCCUUGGCGGUAUCUGCAAUCCGGUGGACGGAUGUCAUGGAGGAUCUUCUCAUAGAUGCUCCUGGAGCUGCGUCUCUGUUUUCCGAUCUUUGCAGUCGUACGCGCCAGGGACAGCAGGUCCCGGGUGUGGAAACCCUGGCAGACAUGCAUCCCAAGAUUGCCGAGCUCAUGCGUGAUGGCAGCCAAGCGCUUCUCUCCAUGGCACCGCUGCGGACGGCCUACGCAAAGUUCACCUGCGCGCUGUGCGGGCUUUGCAGCUCACGCAUCGCAGUCGAGCUGCCCCCCAGCGAGUAUGGCCUCCAUGCGGCUUGCAUGGAGACUUGCGAGGGGCGCCGGCAACGCAUCGCGAAGGUGCUGGGAGCAGUGAAGCGGUCAGAGGAAGCUGGGGAUCUGGCAGGCUUGGAUCUCGCCUGUGCCCAGGCUAUCGCCUUGGAUCCUACGCUUCCCGAGCCGUUCUUAGCUCGAGGGGGAUGCCUCCUACGCCUUGGACGCCGGAGAGAAGCACAGGAGUGCCUCAAGGUCUAUCUCGUUUGGUCAUCGCAGCGCGGCUUCCUUGCCGAGAAUCACUCGAGGGCCUAUUGGAGGCUUGCAGAAUGCUUCCUUACGGAGCUGGAGCAGCGGAACGCGAAGCAAGGGGCUCUCCUGGAAGAUCGAACUUUCCAUGCGCUCGUGGACAGCACCGAGGUUGCUUUGGACUUAGCCUUCCGCUACGAUAACGACAGGACCGGGCUUUCCUGUUCGGCGGCCGCGAAGCACCUCCUCCAACGCCUGGAGGUCACUCGGAGUGCACGGAGAAGUGCUGCCGA